AUGAAUACCAUUUCAUCUAGGACCAAUAAUGCAAUGAACAAAGCCAUUUCAACCAUGAUCAUAGAAAUUAGAGCCGGUAAAGCAAAAAAAAAAGUCAUUUCAGACAUGGUCAGUAAUGAAGACGUAAACUUGAACAAAGCAACCAUUAAUUAUGAAUCACCAGGAGCAACCACCACUAUUGAAUCAUUAGGAGCAACUACCACCGUUGAAUUAGCAGGAGCAACCAUCGUUAAAUCACCAGGAGCAACCACCGUUGAAUCACCAGAUCGAAAUGUGUUGG